AUGACGAUAAAUCCAAUUUCUUCAAAGAAGAGUUUUGGAAGCAGAAUUGUUAGACCAGGAACAUGUGUACUCGGAGAUUAUUUAUGUAGGUUUAAUGAUUGUGAUGAAUGUAAAAAGUAUAGUAAUGGUUUAUGCUCAUCCGGCUGCCAAUCAUAUAUCGAUAAUCGAGAGGUACCGUAUCAUCUAUUGGUUAAACAGUCCGACUAUGCCAAACAUACGGUACCAACUGGAAUAAUAGUAAAAACAAGCGGAAUACCUGAAGCUGGUCUCGGUGUAUUUGCAUUAAAAAAAUUUAAGAAAAAUACAUUUUUUGGACCGUAUACAGGUGUGAGAUAUCGUUCAGAUGCCAGAUCAUAUGAGUCUGGUUAUUCGUGGAUAAUUCAAGAUAUUGAGGGAAAUAUUUACAACUACGUUGAUGCCAAGGAUCCACGACGAUCGAAUUGGUUGCGAUACGUUAAUUGUCCAAAUAAACCAGAAAAUGAAAAUUUAAUAGCUGUUCAGUUUAAUGGAGAAAUGUAUUAUAAAACAUUAAGAGAUAUCGAGGCUGGAGAAGAAUUAUUUGUUUAUUAUGGACCAGAAUAUGCAAAAGCGUUGGGAAUAAAACCAUUUGAACAUUAUACAAGUUAG